AUGAAGGCUGUAGAGAACGGCGGAACCUCCAUCGGUAUCAAGGCCAAAGAUGGAAUUGUAUUGGCGGUGGAAAAAAUCAUAAAUUCUAAAUUGCUUGUUCCAGGCAGAAACAAACGAAUUCAGACCAUCGACAGACACGUUGGCGUGGCAUACUCUGGCUUAUUGCCCGACGGACGCCAUUUUGUCAAGCGUGGCCGUGACGAGGCACAAUCGUUCCGGUCGCUAUACAAAACGCCGGUUAGUUUGCCAUACUUGAUGGACAGAUUGGGACUUUAUGUCCAGAUGUACACGUGCUACAACUCUGUCCGCCCGUUCGGUGUUCUGUCCAUUGUUGGCGGUAUGGACGAAAAUGGACCUCAUUUGUAUAUGGUUGAACCCAGCGGAACUUACUGGGGCUACACUGGUGCAGCUACAGGUAGAGGAAGACAAACAGCUAAAUCCGAGUUAGAGAAAUUGGAUUUCGAGCAGUUGACGGCGAGAGAGGCAGUUAAACAUGCUGCCCGAAUCAUCCACCAGGCGCAUGAGGAUAACAAGGACAAGGAUUACGAGUUGGAAAUCUCCUGGUGCACCGUCGAGACUGGAGGAAAGCACGAAUUUGUUCCUGAAGAUUUGUUGGAGGAGGCUACCAAGCUUGCACAGGAAGAGGAAGAGGAAGAGGAAGAGGACGACAAUGACGAAGACACCGAAAUGAGUUGA